AAACCCCGUGUGCGCUAUAAAACAAAUGAGCGCAACAUUGACAGUACAGUAAGCGUGAGCUUCUCUUGACAUAGCUUAACCUACAGUUCUAAGAGUGGAUUAACGCAUUUAUAGGAGCUAUUGCAUGUGCAGUUAUCUUCUAUUUGGAUACAACAUCGGAGUACACUAAACCAUGCCUGUGUCCAGAAUGCGCAUGAGACCCUGGCUGGAGGCCAGAAUUGACUCCAAUGUAAUCAAUGGACUUGUGUGGGUCGACAAGAAGCAAAAGAUGUUCUCCAUCCCUUGGAAACAUGCUGCUCGCCAUGGCUGGGAGGUUGACAAAGAUGCUUGUCUGUUCAAGCAGUGGGCCAUUCACACAGGUAAAUUCAGAGAGGGAGUUACCCCACCUGACCCCAAAACAUGGAAAGCAAAUUUCCGCUGUGCCAUGAACUCGCUACCAGACAUUGAAGAGGUGAAGGACAAAAGUGUCAACAAAGGCUGCGGAGCAGUGAGAGUGUACCGCAUGCUGCCUGCCGUGCCCAAGAAGAAAGACAAACUAUCAAAAAUUCGAGACAACAGAAGACGGGCGAAGGCUACAUUAUCAAAGGUCAAGAUGGAGCACAUGGACACUGAUAAGAUGCACUCUGAUAAGCACUCUUACACACAUACGACAGAAGAAAGAAUUACACAGGAAAACACCAUUGACAGCACUGAAAAUCUAAACACUGCCAGCCCUACCGUUGACAUCCCAGACAUCACUGGAUAUGAAGUUGAAAUUGGCCCGGAUAGCACAAACAAUAUUUACACAGCCAAGUUCCAGGUCUCACCAGUGCAUUCUACAGACUUCGAAGAAUAUGAAACCAACGCUAUAAUUGAGAUCUCACGGCAAUUGGAACAUGAUAGUUCGCAGUGGCUACAAAACAAUUAUUCUGGAAAGGGGUUCCUGGCCAAUGAAGUAGGCACAACAGAAACUUACCACAGUCCAGAGAGUCAGUGGAGUGUAAGCUCAGGAGAAGAGCUUGAACUUCGGCUAUAUACUGAACUGAAUCCAGGCCUACCUGACGAUCCCCUCUGUACCUACACAGAGAUGUGGAACAGCAACACCAUGCCAAUCAUCUGUCCGCUCUGAGAACUCUUGGAACAUGUACAUUUAUAUCUUACCUCAAACUCCAUCUUACAAACUUUCACCAAGGACAAUUGUUUGGAAUGGACUCCACUCAAUCAAACUCAACUUUGUACCUCAGUAGCAUUUAGGAGGACGUCUCGAUCCAUGUUAUCUUCUGAACAUUGUCACAGACAUAAUUCUAGACAUUUUUCCAAAUAAGAUUCUUGUGUGUUCCACUGUUAGUUACUCAGGCCACAAUCCUUAAUUCAGGAGACAACUCAAAGGUAUUUUUCUACUUGCUCCGAAAUACAGACAUUUCUAAAAACAGGCCUACUGUAUAUUCAGCCUCCUUUGAGUUUUAGUUCUUGCAAUAUAAGAACUUGAAUGUGAUGUGAUUUAAUUUAAAGGAUCUUUCAGAACCUCUCUGUUGAAAGGCUAAAAUAAAAAAAAAUAUUUUUAAAUGAUGGUGUAACACAUUCAUGGAAAGGAGGAGGCGAGAACCAGCUUGAUAAUAUAAAUAAUAGGUUAAUAAUGGACUUAAACCAAAAGACACAAACACACAGGUGUCGGACAGCUGUCUGUAACUCUCUCUCUGUCGCACUGCCGUCUCCAGUCGGCCUUUUUCCCUCUCGGGCUAAUCAGCCUGAUUAGGAGCCGGGUGUGUAGAAUCACGACCCGGCCCCGCCCUCCACCCUGCCACAGAUGGAUUGUGGUGUUGAUGCCAGUUGUACAGAUUUGUUACCAUGUAAUCUCAUUUAAUAUGAAUUUGUCAGAUUCCGUUAUGUUCAUGUCAGGGUGUUUCUUACGGAUUGUAUAUGUACACACACCACUUACUAAAUGAAGCUGUUUGACUUAUGGAAUGGGGUUCUUUACUGUACAUAAUGUAUAUAUUUAUUUGUAAUAAAAAAUUAUAAAUUUAUU